AUGGAGAAUGCCAAACCUAUAGGCACUCCCAUGCAUCCAAACUCUCGGUUAAAUAAGGAUGAAACUGAGAAAGAUGUUGAUAAAACUAUGUAUAGAAGUAUGAUAGGUUCUCUCAUGUAUCUUACAUCCUCUAGAUCUGAUAUAGUGCAAAAUAUUGGGGUUUAUUCUAGAUUCCAAUCACAACCUAAAGAAUCACAUCUUUCUGCAGUAAAAAGAAUCAUUAGAUAUGUACAUGGCACAUCUAACUAUAGUUUAUGGUAUCCUAGGUCUGAUAAAUUUUCUACAGUUGGUUAUUGUGAUGCAGACUUUGCUGGAGACAUAAUUGAUAGAAGAAGUACUUAUGGUAUAUGUUAUUUUCUGGGCUAUUCAUUAAAUGUAUGGUCAAGUAAGAAGCAGUCUACAGUGGCUCUCUCCACUGCAGAAGCUGAAUACAUUGCUGCAUCUUUUUGUUGUUCCCAAUUGUUGUAG